AUGGUGAACAUUGCAUCUGACGUGAGCAUGGUCGUCCCAGCUGUCAAGUUUGCCCGUGCAUUGACCACCGCUUCCAGCAACACGGCAGUCUACAUGUAUCUAUUUGACCACUAUCCACAGAUAACCGCCCCCGAGCUGGGUAUUACAGGCACAAGUCACGCCAUGGACCUCCUCUACGAGUUCGACUACACGCCCUACCUGUCAGACGCCUUCUCCUACUACGCCUCUGUGUCCCCGCAAGGCGAUGUCCAGCUCAAAGACGUCUUCCGCGGAACCCUCACCCAGUUUGCCAAAACUGGAGAUCCGUCUCGUGGAGGGGCUGGAACCCCAGCACUUUGGCCCCGUUAUGACCCACGGACGGAGCAGUAUAUGGCCAUCAGUAGCUCACCGGAAGUCCGCAGUCGUGUGUACGCCAAGCGAGUUAGUCUGUGGACGGAACUGGUUCCGAAACUGGCGUCUGGUAGUAGGCGGCGCGGUCGAUAAAGAUCAGCUGAAGGUCAAAUGUGAAUCCAGCUUCAGGCAGGUCUCAAAUUCCAGUCUUCAUCUAAUGAGGUGUUGACAUGCCACAGGGUUCAAAUCUUGGCCACUGACAGCACCCUGCGUUACAAGGAGAGUUUGUUUUACGAUAAAGAGAGUGAGAGGCCUUUUUGGCCAAAUCUUGCAGUUAAAUAUACUAUCUGAAAAGCA